CAUACUUGUGGCCUGUCUUGUACUUGAGUGAAAAGAUUCGGUUCCACAUAGACUUAUCUAUCACAUUACGCAUUGCAUCAGUCGUCAUCCGGCUUAUAUGGUGCCUUCGCGCAUUACGCUCUCGCCACAAAUGGUAAAUGACCAUUUGAAACAGCAUUUUGAUAAGAAUAGCGUCAAGCUUACUAACAUUGAGCUCCUGAAGGUGGUCCAAUGUUAUCUGCCAGUCCGGAUCAGUAUGAGUACCAAGAAUGUGAUUUGCCAGUCCAUGCCAAACUGUAAAGGAGUAAGGACACGCGAAAAACAUAUGAUCUCUUGUUUCAUCUCUUUCUCCACACAAUGUACAACCUUGAAUCAUCCCCCAUCUCCUCAUCCUAUCUCCCGUUGACGGUUGGUUCUUGACUGGUUAGCAAUGAACGAGAACCGAAGCACCCCUUGCGUGAACCAGACUACUUUGCUCCAUUCCACCGUGGCCUUCUUUAACCCGAAUUUGAUCCCAUGUCUUCGAGUUUGAGAACAUCUCAUGGUAGUCAUCAUCUACUAUCCUCCAAAGGACAACAUCUCUACCAUUCUGAGGUGCCGGAACCGGUGAUUCAGUUAUGGCUGCACAAAGCUCAUGAAAGUGACGACCUCUAAUGGCCCAUCAGCUCUGAUUCACCACGUCACUAACUGUAGCUCGACGAGGCAAACCAAUAUAAGUAGUACAUGAUGCUCCAGUGAUAUCAAUCAAACGCCCCUUAUCCAACCAAUUAUCAAACCAAAAAUAAGUUAGACUUUCCAUCCAUAAAAUUUAUCAGCUUGUAUUAGUAUACUGAACAUAAAAAAAUCAUUAAAAUAACCUUUAUAACAACAUAAUCUUUUGAAUUUUAAAAUAAUGAUAUUGGUCAUAAAAUUUAUUAAUUUAAAAUAAAAAUAAAAUGAUCGUAAUAAAUAUAUAACAAUACUAUUUCUGAAAAAAAAAUAACAAUAUUGAUCCCAAAAAGUAUAAAAUUAAAUGCUGAAAAAUAUGAUAGUUUAUUUUCCAAGCGAGUGACAAACAUACUUAAAAUUAUUGAUAUUUUUCUUUUUGUAACUGAAUUAUAGAUAUUUUGUUGUUCAAGUUACUCGAAUGAGAUGCUAUAAAUACACAAGAUUGCAUGGGCUCAUAAAAGUAGUCAUAACUUCAAGCAUCACCUUUACUAUUCACUCGCUCUCUCAAUCUUUCUUGAUAGCCACGCAACAAAGAAACGAUGUCGAAGAAGAUGAUCGUGUUGAAAAGCUCCGACGGUGAAUCGUUUGUGGUCGAGGAAGCGGUCGCACGUCAGUCGAAGAUCAUAUCGUUUCUUGUUGAAGAAUUACCCGAUCAAGAACUACCGUUUACGAACCUGACAAGCGAGAUCCUCCGGAAUGUGAUCGAGUACUGCAAGAAGCAUGUGGUGGAAGACGGUAGUGGUGAUUCUUCUUCCUCCUCCUCCGAUGAUCUCAAGAAGUGGGACGUGAAGUUCGUCGGGGAGAUUGAUCAGCCCACGCUCAUGGAUCUCAUCAUGGCUGCGAAUUACCUACACAUCCCAAGCCUGCUUGAUGUCACGUGCCAGAAAGUUGCUGAUAUGAUCGCUGCAUGCGAAGACGAGAAAGAGAUUCGAUCAACGUUCAACAUCGAGAACGACUUUACGGAAGAGGAAGUAGAAGCGAUUCGCAUGGAGAAUCAAUACCCUAACUAGUUUCUUUUAUGUUCUUUGUUUGGUCUUUGUGUGUUUCAAAUCUCUAGAUACGAUGACUAUCGUUUUCUUGUUUUGAUUUCGUGUUCAAGAAGGGUUUAUGCUUAAGAAAUGUAAGAGCAAUUCUUGAAUAUAUGCUAAGCUCUACAAGUAUCUGUACCAAUUCUUGAUUAUAGGACUUGAGUAUUCAAUCUUGUACGUUUCCAACUAACUCUCUGCCAAGAUAACAAGAGUUUGUGUUUCACUAAACAUGACUCUUGUUUUGGCGCUCGAGAAGAUGACUCCUCAGAGAAAAUUAUGUAUCGUGCAGAACAAGAAAAAGGCAAUUCAAGAUCCAUAUACAAUAUCAAAAAGUAAAUAAAGGAUAAAAGAGGUGAAGAGUGA